ACGGAAGAAAACAGUAUUGUGUUAAAAUGUGCAACAAAAGAUAAAAAUAUUGGUGACCAGUGACGUCCUCGAAUUAGUCAUCGAUUGCGACCGCGGUAUUAACAUUUGUAAGUAGGGUUUUAAACAAGGUUGAUCAGUAGCUAUCUUAUCUUUAAACUAAACGCAACGGCCAAGCGAGAACAUCUUUGUGUGCGUUGUUUGGAUAAAAUAAAAUACAUAUACAAGUCAAAAUGAGUCACUCUGGCUACCCUUAUCAACAGGGGUCAAAUUCAUACUCUUCGUCAUACCCACAUCAACCUCGACCUCCUUACCCUUCACAGGCCACCCCUUACCCUACGCAAGGUGGCGUCUUUGCUCCUAGCCUAGGCUUCAAUGUGGGUUCACCAAUGUACAUGCCUCAACCUUACGGUGGUAGCGGAUACCCAUCAUCCACCACUGGUGGAUCAUACAGCACCCCUUACCCACAACCAUCACACUACCCAGGGAAUCCUAGCCCUGUCACAGCGUCGUACCCACAGUCAUCUUAUCCACCUCAACCUGCGUCGACUUACCCACAAACUAAUCAACGUCCAUCGACUUAUCCCAGCGGACCAACCUACCCUAAUCCACACACCGCUUAUUCUAAUUCCACUAACCAAGGACAUGCUUAUCAUCAAUCGUCACGCUAUCCCCCUGUUCAAGAACAACGGUACUCCCAUUCGAAUUAUCCCGGUGGACAUAGCGGACAUUCACCUCAAGUGUUAAAGCACUCUCCAACUGUGGUCCCGGCGCAUCCGUUCGACCCACGCGAAGACGCUCACGUGCUAAGAAAAGCCAUGAAAGGUUUCGGAACCGACGAAAAAGCCAUCAUCAAUGUCCUAACGCGACGUUCCAAUGCCCAACGUUUAGAAAUCGCAAUCCAAUUUAAAACCCUCUUUGGCAAAGACUUGAUCGGUGACCUGAAAAGCGAGCUCAGCGGGAAUUUCGAAAGGGCGAUCGUCGCUCUGAUGACUCCUUUGCCACAGUUCUACGCCAAAGAACUCCACGAUGCCAUUAGCGGCCUAGGAACUGACGAAACUGUGCUAAUUGAAGUUUUAUGCACUUUAACCAACGCGGAAAUAUGGACAAUCAGAGAAGCAUACCAAAGAACUUACCGCAGUAACCUUGAGAGGGACUUAAAAGGUGAUACCAGUGGGCAUUUCCGACGGUUAAUGGUGUCUUUAUGUAACGGAGGACGUGACGAAAGCAUGGUGACAAACCCGGUAGCGGCAGCUGCUGAUGCUCAAGCCCUGUAUAACGCAGGGGAGAAAAUAUGGGGUACAGACGAAUCUACUUUUAAUAUGGUUUUGUGUCAACGGAACCAUGAACAACUCCGGCUGAUAUUUCAAGAGUAUCAAAAGAUUACGGGACAUGAUAUUGAGAAGGCCAUCAAGAGUGAAUUCUCCGGGGAUAUUCAAAACGGUCUUUUGGCUGUUAUACGUUCCAUUAAGAAUCAACCAGCGUUCUUUGCGAAGUGUUUGAAUAAGAGUAUGAAAGGGUUGGGAACUAAUGAUAGGGAUCUUGUCAGACUGGUGGUGACACGAUGUGAGAUUGAUAUGGGUGAUAUUAAAAGAGAAUAUCUUAUUAAUCACAAGGAAUCUCUAGCUGAUGCUAUUAAGGGUGACACAUCUGGAGAUUACAAAAGGUGCCUCUUGGCUUUAAUUGGAGAAUCGUAGGUGGUGCUGGGAACAAAUCUUCAACGUAUAUUUUUCUAAUGAAUUAAAAUCAUCAUCGCACUGUACUUUUUCUCAAUAAAUGUUAAUUGUUUAA